AUGGUUCACAAGCACUUCUUUGCAAUUGUGUUGGUGCUGUUGGCCUGCUCCACUGUCUUCUCCCUAGAAAUGAAACUUGUUCUCCAGCAAAGAAGAGUGAACCAAGAAAGCCUCAAACUCUUGAAUAAAUUGCAAUCCUCAUCAAUUCAGCAGUGUCUACCACACAGGAAAAACUUCCUGCUUCCCCAGAAGGCUGUGAAACCUCCCCAGGACGAGAACGGAUAUGCACUGACCAUUCUUCACGAGAUGCUUCAGCAGAUCUUCAACCUCUUCGGGGCAAAUGUUUCUCUGGAUGGUUGGGAGGAAAGCCGUAUGGAGAAGUUCCUCACUGAACUUCAUCAACAGCUAGAAUACCUAGAAAAGUUCAUGGGCCUGCAAGCAGAUCAGAAAAGUGGCACCGCAGAUAGUGAGAACCUUAGGUUACAGGUGAAAAUGUACUUCCGAAGGAUCCGGGAUUACCUGGAAAGGCAGGACUACAGCAGCUGCGCCUGGACUAUCGUCCAGGUGGAGAUCAACCACUGUUUGUUCUCUGUGUUCCCGCUCACGGGCAAGCUGAGCAAACAAGAAGUGGACGUUUGA